CGCGGGCGCAAACACAGCUGAUUGAAAUUCGAAUUCGGUCGACGAGGAGGCGCGCCGCGUCAAUGCCGCGCGGGUACCGAAGGCCGAUCAGCGAUCUGUCGCCCACGCUCGGUCGGCCGUGCGAUUCCGAUUGAGUCGGCUGAAGCGUCACGGCAAGCUGAGUUGUCUUUGCGUGAUAACUUCACCAUGGCGACCACUAGUGAUGUCAAAUUAUCACGAAGUGAGGGUCAGCCAUGGGGUUUUCGGCUGUCUGGUGGCGUUGACUACACUUUCCCUUUAACUGCUGUCAGGGUGGCGAUCGGGGGUCUCGCUGAUACGGCUGGUUUGCAAGCGGGUGACGUGAUUGUCAAGCUGAACGGAGAGCCGAUAAGUCAACUCACACAUGCGCAGGUCCACGAUAAGCUCACCAGAGCCGGCAACGAUUUUGUUCUGUCUGUCAUGCGAGAUCACGAGAUCGUGCGACAACAGAAACAACAAUAAUAAUGAUGAUAACGAUAACGCCUAUCGAUGGCCUUUAUUCUUUCACGUCGUGUUGUCGCGUGACAAUAAUCUCCCGCGAUUAAAAGGUCGUCGCGCUGUUACAUAACGAAGACUCGGUGCGAGUAGAGAAUUACGUUGUAACGAGAAGCUAGAGAAUAAAGUUAUAAAAAAUGCUGA